CCUUCACAUCAGCCAACAUGUAUAUGAAGACUGCCAUUCUCUUCCUCGCCGCCUCGGUCGUGGCUCUGCCCACCGCCCAGGAUGGCAACCACAAGCGUGCCGCGGUCCUGACCAAGCAGAGCUACGCCGACUUCCAGGUCAGCGACGGAGUUGCUGGAAACGCACUCGCCGAGGUCCAGGCCAAGUUCCCUAUUGACGAGAAUGACCUGGCAAACGUCGACCCCGCCGACGCCCAGAUCAUCAGCGACGCCCGGGAGGUAGCCGAGAGCGCAGAGGUCGACACCGGUGGCUUCAACGACGCCAUCGCUGCCGCCAGCGGCGCCGACGCAGACGCCCUGCAGGUGGGAAAGAUCAAGAACAAGGUCCUGAAGCUCAAACUCGAGGUCCUCGAUCUCCAGAUCCAGCAGGCCCAGGGCGGCAAGGACAACACAGACAAGAUCGCCCAGGAGCAGAAGAAGCUCGACAACAACAUCGCUACCGACAAGAAGUCCGCCGGUGACGCGAGCCAGGCGGUCGACUUCCAGGGUUAAGAGGGAUCAUUGGGAUGGGUUAUUAGACACUCCU